CCAGUGCUCGGACCGGAUUUACGCCAGUGCCAGUCGUACAUAACUUUCAAACGGUAAUUCCAAAAUGCUUUUGUAAAACCGUUCGCCGAGAACAGCUUUGUUUACGUUUUGAUGUAGAGUGGGCGGGGCAUAAUAUGUAUUGCGCAAUCACCCUCCCUGUAUAUAUAUCGGAUCGAUCGGGAUGGCAUUACUGAAUGGCGCCGAUUUCUCCUGCACGAAUUUCUUGGUGUGUCGAAAGAUCAAGAUAAAAAAUUAUAUACCGUAUUCGUAAUUUCAUCUUGAUACAGUACUAUUGAUCUCUGCUACAAAUGUAUUGUACUUUACCAACUGCAUGCAGUCUGAUUUGUGGAUAUCAACUUACAACUUGUUGACGAACAAUUUCGAGUUCAUUCUUGAUCGCGAUUGGUAUUUUUUAUUGCAUUGGAAAUUACAUUGUACCGGUACUUGUAGUUAACUCGGUGAGCUUCUCACAACAAGAUCACCCAGUCUCAACUCAGGCCAGGUAUGGAUGUCAGACUAUCCAAACGACUGUCGCUGGUUUUAAGGCACAAGGCAGUGGAAUGGGGUUUUAAAAUUUAUCCAGGAGGAUAUGUCCUGGUCAAGGAUCUUUUGGCGCAUAAGAUGUUCCAGGGUUAUACAGAGGCAGAUAUCAGGAGGGUCGUAGCAUCCAAUGAGAAACAGCGAUUCUCUCUCAAAACUCAUGAAGAAACGGGAGAUCUGAUGAUCUGUGCUAACCAAGGACAUUCGUUCGAGGUACCUGAACCGGAAUUAGAGCCCAUUACUGAUGCUAGUCGUUAUCCAACAGUAAUCCAUGGAACCUUUAUCAGACAUUGGGACCAGAUCCAUAGAGAGGGACUCAGGAGGAUGAAUAGGACUCACAUUCACUUUGCUCAGGGUGAGCCGGGAGCCGACGGAGUCAUCAGCGGAAUGCGGAGGUCCUGCCAAAUUAUGAUUUUCAUUGAUCUUCAUGCAGCAAUACAAGAUGGCAUCAAGUUUUUCUUAUCCAAGAAUGGCGUGAUAUUAUCUCCAGGUGACAGAAAUGGGAUUCUUCAGACUCGAUACUUCCGUAGAGUGCUCCAAGUCAACCCAAGACAAGAGCUCGCAUUCGAGAAGCGGUGAAAGUGUUGCAGCCACUACUUCAUAUUUGGGUAUGAGCAGGAGAUAUGUUACGCUGCUUUAGACGAUGCCAAAGCUUGCCAAACCAGUUACCUUCGUGCCUUCAGUGGUUUUUACUUUUCCAUAUAUUUUUAAGUCAUGUCAUAUUUUUUGCAAUAGUGGUAGAUAUAUUUCAUUUACAAGAGACAUAGAGCAGGGACUCAGUUUUAAGGGGAGUGAGAGUGAUCACUCGCUAACGCUCUCCUUAAUCCAUUUUUGGUAUAGCGAAUUAUCACUCGCCUCAGCAAUUGCUUAACAAGAGUGUCAGUCAAUGAUCAACUGUUAGAGUCAACCUUGAAAGCCUCAUUCUCUGUCAAGGUUUUAUAAAUAACACACAAUUAUAUUUUAAGCAAGAAUGAAAUUUAAAAAAAGUUCAAUGAGAUAAAUAUUGCAUAAAGCUAUAUCUGAUUGUUUAUCUCCUUUGGUUGUGGGUUGUAACUUAGUGUACGUUCCUCCAUCCAUUUUGUAAUCGGACAAGAGAGCUCCCCGGGCUUGUACAUGUAUGUCAAAGAAUAGCAUUUUGUAGUGCUCCCCUUAAAAGUUUUAGGAGAGCUUUUUAUUGCUCCCUUCAUUAUUAUAAAACUGAGUCCCUGAUAGAGGGUCAAUCAUAAAUGUUUAUGAUUCCCAUCAUCAUGAACAGGGAUGGGAAGAAAAUGUAUUUCAUUGUAACAAUGUAAUUUCUUUGUAACAAUGUCAUUAGGGGGAUGUGUCUCACAAAGAUUGUAUUCUGACACUUAUAUACCCAGUUGCGUGCAGUGUUAAAAGCAUCACUGCGAUGGUCAAAUCAUGUUAAAGGGAUACUCCAGGCUGAAGUAAAUAUGAUUUGACCAGAUAAAGAAAAAUCAGACAAACAAAACACUGAAAAUUUGAUCAAAAUCGGACAAGGAAUAACAAAGUAAUGACAUUUUAAAGUUUUGCAUUUUCUGUUGAAACAGUUUUGGACAUAUCUUCAUGAAUAGUCAAUGAGCAACUUGAUGUCAUAUCCUCGCUUGAUUUGUAUUUUAUUAUAUGAAAUUAGGUUUAUUCAAAUUUUUUCCCCCAAGAACUAAAUAAAGUGGAUUGACAACUGAUUUAGUGCAUCAUAUGAUUGCAGCAACUUAUUUCAUCAUAUCAAUAUAUAUUCUCCCAUGUGAAAUCUGAAUGUAACUCUUUUUGGUGUAAUCAUCAAGAAUGACAUCUGUGUUCAUAAUUUUAUCCUAUCAUCUGUCUUUGUAGUAUAGUGUGAUGCUAAGUGUAAACUGCAUUUUGUUUAAUUAUUAUUUUUUUUACUGCCAUGGUGAAGGGGUCAUGAAAGGAAAUCACUGCCUUGAUGAAAUAUGCUACCUUUAACAGCAAUAGUGCAAUGAUAAUGGAAAGCAUUCCACUGUAUAGUCCCAUGUACAUAUUUUACUGUUAGCUCAGUUAGACAGGCAUGUAGUCACCUAUUUUUGGUUAUUAUUAUUAUAUGUACAUUAUUACAAUCUUUCUCCUAUUUCGACUUUUUUCAUAUUUUGACAACUUUGACUACAGAAAAAGAGAUGAUACUGGUAAUUUGAAGUACAUUAUAUUAGGGCAGUAUAGCCUGGAUUUUACAUCAUGGUAUGCCAAUGACGGACUGUACUCAAUAGGAAGAAGAAAAGAUUUUUAUUGAGAGCAGAUUGACAAAAUAAUGAUUAAAAUAUGAGGAGACGCCUACUUUUCUUUAUAUAGAGAACUGAAAAGAUGAUGAAAGUUUAUUAAUUAAAGUGUUUAUCAUGAUGAAGUGUUUUGAAUCAAAAUUGUAAUUGUAAAAUAAUUUUUUCCACUGAUAAGCACUUGUUAUUUUAAAUAUUGCAUGUAGCUUUAAGAAAACAAGUUUACAUUACAAUGCAGUUAUAUUCACAGAGGGGACGUCAAAACCUUGAAUAUAACAUAAUGCGAUCCUUACAUCUAUGAACGUGUGAUGGCGUAUUGAUCUAUCACUAAUUCAAGUCUACAUAGCCUAUGUACAAAUGUGGGGGAUGACAUCAAUUGACCUAAAUUUUGGCUUAUUACUAAGGUUACAGCAUUUUUUUUGCACAUUGCUCAUGUAAAUUAAUUUCAGCUUUCAAAUGAUAUCAAUUAUAUAUUCAUAAUGAUAGCCAUUGGGAUAAGAUAUCUCAUCAUUAGGUUAAUUUUCCAUUUGUCAUAAUGGUGCUAAAUUUCUGAUAGAAUUGGACUUAUGCAUCACCAUUUAGCUGUAUGAGACCAAAACAUUGUAGAGCUUGCUUAUUCCAUUACUUUUACAAUCUAUUGCAACUGCUCUAUUUUUUUCCCGAAUUCACAAAGGUAGUUCCUUGGUUCAAAACCAUGGACUAUGGAGAUUUCCUGUAUUAUUGUGCUUCAUCCAAGCAUGAAUUUAGCGCACUUUGCCAAAAGCACACAUUUAUUAUCAAACUUUAAUAGUGUCCAGUUCAUACUGUGGUACGAUUGAAGCCACCUUUGUGGAUUCGCCGGGCCUCUGUGCUUAGAGACACUUAAUGCACAAUUGGAGUUUUGUGAGAAAUAAAAUUGCAACUGUGCAAUGUGCAAUUUGAACAUACAUGUAUGUAUGUAAUUAGUGUGAGUGUCACCGUUUUGAAUAGGUAUCAAAGAUGCUUUCAUAAUCGGUGUUACAAACCUGAAAAUUACAAAUAAUGCACAAAGACACACUGAUGGAAGUGUAAUUAGAGCUUUGUUUUUAAUCUCAAUACUUUAUGCUAUUAAUGUAUACAAAGCAGACAUUAAGCAAUAUCACAAGAUCUCAAUAAUAUAUAUAUAUUUCAUUCAUGAAUAAACUUCUCUUUAUUUUGCUGAUCUUUUUUUUCCUACAUUUUA